UUCUCAUUGAGAAGGAAAGGCUCUGUGGAACCAAGAUGUGGGUAAAGCCAGAAGAGGUCUUACUUGCCAAUGCACUAUGGGUAACAGAAAGAGCCAAUCCAUUUUUCAUCUUGCAGAGGAGGAAAGGCCGAGGUGGGGGUGGUCUCACUGGAUUGCUGGUUGGAACAAUGGAUGCUGUGCUAGAUAACAAAACCCCACCAUAUAGAAUACUGCAUCAGACAACUAACUCAGAAGUCAGCUAUGGAGUUGCUGUGGCUAACAGCAAGAGGGAGAUAUUCAAGGACUGGGAGUGGCUGGAACAGCAUGUGAUGGAAACACUGGAUACUUUUGAAAAUGAAGAUGAUGCCACUGAAUUUGUGCGAGGCAAGAUCAAUAGUCUGGUUGCCAAUGUUGUUACAGAUGAUGAUGAUGGCAAAGACGAUGAGGAGACUGCUAAUUUCAAAAUAGCUUCCAGAAGGUUCCACAAGAUGUUCAACAUGCCUAAAGAGGAAAAACUGGUCAACUACUACUCCUGCAGUUACUGGAAGGGAGGAUUACCUCGGCAGGGAUGGGUGUAUUUGAGCGUGAACCACCUCUGCUUCUACUCAUUCCUUAUUGGCAAGGAGGCCAUGUUGGUUAUCAGAUGGACAGAUGUUACGAAAUUGGAAAAGGGCAACAACAUGAUUUUCCCAGACAGCAUUAGAGUAAAUACAAGAAAUCAACAGCAUGUGUUUUCCAUGCUUCUUCGCAGUGAAGAGACAUUUGGAUUGAUGGAGCAACUGGCCAACAUGGCUAUGAAACAGCUGCUGUCAGAAGAAACUUUUGAAGAAGACAGAGAUCUGAUGCUGAAAAUUAAGAAAAGUACUCCAAAGAAAGUCCCUCUCUUGAAGCGGGAUUUGGAUGCCCGGGUCAGAAGUGAAGCCUACAGAAUCCUGUUUAACUUGCCGUUAGAUGAGAAACUAGAUGGUAACAUAGAGUGCACCCUAUGGACCCCGUAUAAUAAACACUAUGUCUGGGGAAAGAUGUACAUCUCCCAGAAUUACAUCUGUUUUGCCAGCAGGGUGAAAAAUCUUGUGUCAGUUGUGAUACCUCUGAGAGAAGUCUAUGUGGUGGAGAAGACGGAUAAUUCGACCAAAAAUGUGAUCAACGAAGCUCUCCUGGUGACUACCAAGGGGAAGAAACCUUACAAAGGUGCCCCUUAUGUUAUGGAACAAAUGAACUUUCUGUUCUGUGAACUUCCUGACAGAAACUUUGUGAUAGAGAAGCUUUCAGAUCUCCUCUCUGCACAACCAGCUACUGGGCGACAGAGAGAGGCCAGUGUCUGCUCAGAUGCAAGCAGCAAGUCAGACGAGGAUUCCACAUCGUCUCAGUUCCAACCAGCGCUGGGUUCGCUCUUCUCAAAAAGGAGGAACUCCCAGGACGAGGUGAUGGCCAAAGAGAAAGUGAAGGAACAUUUGUGGGACGUCCAUUUUGCCGAAUAUGGCAGGGGUAUUUGUAUGUACAGAACGCACAAGACACAUGAGCUGAUACUGCGUGGAAUACCAGACAAGCUGAGGGGAGAAAUAUGGAUGGUGUACUCAGGUGCAAUAAAUGAGAUGGCCACUAAUGAUGGUUACUAUGCCUCCCUGGUGGAGCAGAGCAGUGGGAAGAAUACCCUGGCCAAUGAUGAGAUUGAACGAGAUCUGCACAGGUCACUUCCUGAGCAUCCUGCAUUCCAGAGCCCCCUGGGGAUUGGUGCUUUGAGAAGAGUGCUUACUGCUUAUGCCUGGAGGAACCCUACCAUUGGCUACUGCCAGGCCAUGAAUAUAGUGACCAGUGUAUUACUGCUGUAUGCCAGUGAGGAGGAGGCCUUCUGGCUGCUGGUGGCUCUUUGUGAGAGGCUACUGCCUGAUUACUACAAUACCAAAGUUGUUGGGGCACUUGUUGACCAAGGUGUCUUUGAGGAUCUUAUCAGAGAGAACCUCCCCAAUCUUCAUGCCAAGCUGGAGCACCUAGGUCUGCUGAGUAUGAUAGCUCUCUCUUGGUUCCUGACCCUCUUCCUCAGUGUCAUGCGAUUUGCCAGUGCAGUGAAUAUAAUGGAUUGCUUCUUCUAUGAUGGUGCAAAGGUGGCAUUUCAAGUUGCUCUGGCCAUCUUAGAUGGUCGCAGUGAGGACCUGCUGUCGUGCAAUGAUGACGGAGAGGCUAUGACUAUCAUGGGAGAAUACCUGGAGAAUAUCACCAACAGAGAUGCCACCCUCAUUGACAUCCCACAUACUAAACUGUACAGCACUGGGGUAGACCCUCCUCCCUCCAUAGAUGUGGCAGACCUAGUCAGAGAGGCUUACCUUAAGUUUGGUCAUAUUUCCAACGAAGACAUUGAGAAACUGAGAUUAAAACACAGACUAAAGGUUGUACAGAACAUAGAAGACAACACCAUGAAGAAUGUCCUCCGCAGUGUGGCCAAUGACACCCUCCUACAGGGGGAGGAACUGCAGGACUUGUUUUUACUCUUCAAGGAAGAAUACCUGUCCUCGUGUUACUGGCGCACUCACCCCCAGCCAUGCGACCCCUCAGAGAAGUACGACCCAGCUCGGCCAUAUUACGAGCAGUAUAGAAUUGACUAUGACCAGUACAAGGAAAUCUUCCUGUCCAUCUGUCCCUGGGCUGGAGGACCAUCAGCAGAGACCACUGCCCUCAGGUCAUUCAGGUUAAUGGACACCAACUCAGACAACCUGAUCAACUUCAAGGAGUUUGCGUGGUGUCUGGGUGUAGUGUGUAAGGGUACUCUGGAGGAGAAGGUGAGACUACUGUACAGGUUACAUCAGCCACCAGCUCUCAGGGACACAGAUGAUGAUGAAAUAGAACCUGCCACACCUAAGUCAGAUAGCACAGAGAGUGCCAUGGAGGCAACCAACUUCUUCGAUGAAGAUGAGGACGACAUUCCAGGUGUGGGGGAGGACAUUUUGGGGCCCAAGUCUCCUGACGCAAACCUCCAGAGUCCAGUGAGCCCAAGUAUACACCUAGAGUUCAGUCAGGUACUGCAGAUCCCUCCUACAGCUGAGACAGCCAAGGCGGCACAGACAGCUGCUGCUGUGACGCCACCUGGUGGAUCAACCUUGACAUUGACUGGCCAGAAUGAUGCUUCAAGCAGCAGUUCUUCGUCAAAAGACACAAACAGUCAGAAGUCAUGGGACAUGAAACCAGAAUCUGAGCGCCAGAGAUUGUACAGAGAGAGUAGCAGGGCACGCUACGGAGACAUUCCUAGGCUUACACAGGGCCAGUUUAUCAAGCUGUGGAAGACCCUGUAUGACUUAAUGAUGGAGCACCCAGAGGAGCAGCAGCUGUACCACUCCCUGGCCAUGGCAGGGACACUGCUGCUGCAGAUUGGGGAAGUGGGGAAACAGUUCUACCUGCCCAAGAGUACCUCCAUGGACAGCAGUGCCUAUGGGAGUGAGGGUAUGUCAGAGGUCAUUGGCAGCGUGGAGAGCGUGGACGGAGAGUAUAUCAGGACUGGAUUGGAGAACUUGACACUGUCACAGGGUCAACAGGGACAGGGGGGGCAGUGCGCAGGAUCAGAGGCACAGGAAAAUGAGUCCAAAUUACCUAAAAUGGGCACUAAAGCAAAAGGACUGGAAGAAAAUCCUGAUGCUGAUCUAAAGGCCCUUAUAUCUGAUGCUCUAGUGGAGGACAACACUGAGCCAGCACCAGGUGGCGUGGAGAGGAAUAUUUCCACUGAAACCCAGGACUUGACCUCACAGCCAGAUGUGGUGAUCUCACAUAUUAAAAAUUCUCAAAACGGUGCCAGUGCAACUGAAAGUAGCACCAGUGCAAUAGACAGUGGUGCCUGUGUCACUGACAGUGGUGCUGAUAAAGCAGACAGUGGUGCUGGCACAGGUGUCAUUGGCGUAGACAGUGGUGUAAGUAGCUCUGAUGUGACACCAGAGGACCAGGGCAAAGUGCCAUCUGUCCUGUCUGAAGCUAAGACUUCAGAGACAACAGCAGAACAUCAGCGCACUGAGUCAGAGUGCAGCUCCUCUUACAAACCAGACGAUGAAUGGUCCAUUACUUAUGAACAGUUGCUGGCUUCUUUAAAUAAUGAGCCAGUUUUAGUGAGGUUUUUUGAGAAGAGCUAUGAUAUCAUUGAAGCCAUAGAUUCUUUCAGAAACAGACACAUGUUACAGAGGCAGGGCAGUAUGCCUUUGUCACCAAGAUUUUAAUGUGGGGGCCAUGAUGCCAUUGCACUGUGGGAUAUCUACAAGGGGAACAUCCCAUUACUGAUGAAUAUCAGUGCUUUCAACAAGUGGCUACAUGAAAUGUAUAUGUUGUAAUCUUUAGAUUCUAGCCAACAAAUUAACAUGGCCGAACAAAUUCAGUGUCUUUUUAUAUAGGUUAUUACAGACACUAUGGCUGACCUUGCACACUGUUUAUAUGAAAUGCUGAGUUUGAUUUCAUUCAUUGAAUUGCUCAAACAAGAUGAUUUUAUGGGAAGAAGAAUGGCUGGUCUUUUCUUGGCUCCCUAAUGCAUUGUCAGAGUAAAGUUAUCCUGGUUAGCUAUAGCAAUUUAAGAUUAAUCCAAAUUUGUGGAUGACUUAGAGGGCAAACAUUAUAAAUUAUAUAUGUGUAUUUUUAGUCUUGAUGAGCAAAAUGUCUAAGAAUACUUUGUAAGCAUUUCUUGUUCUUGUAUGAAAUUAUUAUCGAAUGUUCAAGAUGUGAUAAGAAUCUUUUAAUUUUUUCUAAAUUGGUGACAACAUUCAUGUAUCUUAUUUUACCUAUUAUCAAUUAUCAAGGUGGAGGAAGUUGCAAUAUAAAUAGAUAGCUCAGUUCACAUGAAAAGAGGUGCUGUAUGUUGUACCCAUGAUACGUGUAUGAAGAGUCCAGUACUAUUAAGACCAUGGGGGGG